CCUCCCGGGGGUUCUAGGCGAGGGGUCUGGUCCCCAACCCCCUCCCGGGUCCCUCUGGAGGCCCCUGCCGGGACGAGCCCCACCAGCGCAGGCUCCCACCGCCCAAUCAGCGCUUGGCGCGCCCCCCCCGCCUCGGGAAAAAGCUGGCCAGGAUUGGCACUUUGGAAACAGGGACCAGUCCUGGCUCCAGCACGCGCCUGCCCUGGGCUCAGACACAUGGCAGGGUCACCAAGGAUGGAUGCAGAGCCCUCUCCAUUGGGUGGCUGGCUGGACAAUGGCUCUUGGACACCAGUGCCCACUGCUGCCCCCCACCUGGACAUUAGCACGCCGGUGGUCCCUGGCAGGAGGGGGCUGUGGAUCUUUAAUAGCAGUGGGGAGGACACAUCACCUCCAUUCCUGACGGAUGCUUGGCUGGUGCCACUUUUCUAUGCCCUCGUCAUGCUGCUGGGGCUGGUGGGCAACUCGCUCGUCAUCUAUGUGGUGUCCAAGCACCGGCAGAUGCGCACAGCCACCAACUUCUACAUCGCAAACCUGGCGACCACAGACAUCAUCUUCCUGGUGUGCUGUGUCCCCUUCACCGCCACACUCUACCCUCUGCCCAGCUGGAUCUUCGGUGACUUCAUGUGCAAACUCGUCAACUAUCUGCAACAGGUGACAGCACAGGCCACCUGCAUCACCCUGACGGCAAUGAGCAUGGACCGCUGCUAUGCCACCCUCUACCCACUGCAGUCGCUGCGCUACCGCACCCCACGUGUGGCCAUGGGGGUCAGCGUGGCCAUUUGGAUCAGCUCCUUCCUUCUCUCGCUGCCCAUAGCCAUGUACCACCGCACUGAGGUAGGCUACUGGUAUGGGCUGCGCACCUACUGCAUCGAGGCCUUCGCCAGCAAGAGCCAGGAGCGCAGCAUCAUCCUCUACACCUUCCUGGCUGUCUACCUGCUGCCUCUGCUCACCAUCUGCCUCUGCUACUCCAUCAUGCUCAAGCGUAUGGGGCGCCCCAUCGUGGAACCCAUCGACCACAACUACCAGCAGGUACAGCACCUGUCCGAGCGCUCUGUCGCCAUGAGGGCCAAGGUGUCCAAGAUGGUAGUGGUGAUCGUGGUACUCUUCACUGUGUGCUGGGGCCCCAUCCAGCUCUACCUCCUCUUUCAGGGCUUCUAUGGCAGCUUCCAGGCCAGCUACGAGACCUACAAGAUCAAGACGUGGGCCAACUGCAUGUCUUACGCCAACUCCUCCAUCAACCCCAUUGUCUACGCCUUCAUGGGUGAUAGCUUCAGGAAGUCCUUCAAGAAGGCUUUCCCCUUCCUCUUCCGGCGCCGGGUGCGAGACGGUGCUGUCCUCUCCGGCUCCCGCAAUGCCGAGAUGAAGUUUGUCACUGAGGAGACCUAGUCCCAGCCCCAGUUGUGCUAGCCCUGUGCGGCCUGCUCCUCCUGGCUGUGGACACUGAGGUGGUAAAUCCAAUAUGGCUGCUGGGCCACACGGACAUUGCUCAGGGCAAGAGGCACCAUUCAAUGGAAACUGUGGUGGCUAGCUGUUCAGAAUCCCUGGCUUGGAAGGGGCCAGUGAUAGUCAGGGCCAAGGGUUCUUCCCAAAGGGCUUUCUUAUUUGGGGUUCCUCUGUGCUCAGGCUGAGGCAUCCUCACAGUCCAAAUACUGAGGCAACCAGAAACGAGUGGACACUUUGGGAAGUGUGUGUCCUAAGCCAGGUGCCUCCCUUCCCCCCCUCGUACCAGUGUCCUCAGCACAUUAUCGUAGCCUUGAGCAUCCCUGCUGGUGCCUCAGGGACCUGCCCAGAGCAUCUGGAAAUAAAGCUCUUUAGCUUUGUAAGAAGACAUUGGCCUGAUCUUUGGGGUGGGGGACGUCUGGCAAGGUGUCUCCUAUGCCAGGCUGGAGGACUGAGAGCAAAGUCUUGCCUCCAAACAAGGGGGCCAAUGGCUUAAUAACUCAUCCACAGGGACUUGGGCUGAAACCAGCCCCAGGCCCCUUUGCCCCAGCCAAUGAAUGGCCCUCAACAAGCAGCACCCUGUAGUCCCUAGAGCGCAGGGCUCAGCUGGAUCUGGCCAGCUUGUAGGUCUCCUUAUUGCUCUUUGCUGCUCCCAUCAGUCCCCCUGUUAUGCCUUCCCCACAGCUCCAUGCAGCCAAUGAGGUUUAAAAACAAAGCAACUAGCCAAUGACAACAACCCUUCCAUGUAGGCUUGUUGGCCAAUACAAAAUAGUGGCUCAACCAGCCGGGGUGAGGGUUCUUUACGGGGAGGGUUGGGACUGAAACAGACACUAUCCACUGCCUCCCCAGUGGCCAUCAGGGAGCCCUGGGGGCUGUGGGUGGGGUGGGUCAGAUUUAGGGCACCUGAGCAGGAGGUUCUUGAGCCUGCUGCAAAACCUAUUCAUGGGGUAGCUCCCUGUGCAGCAGUGUGAUGGCCACCAUCUUGGCAACAUUCAAAGCUAAAAGCCAGGGCUGCUGUAGAUAGCUUGAGUUACAAAACCAGGGCUGGGGCUGGCACAGCCACAUGCCCUGUGCAGAUCAGGCACAGAGAUGGCAGCCAUCUUGUUGCCAGAAUCACUGCAGACUGUUUCACAGGAGAAAUGCGCAGACUACACUCUCCCAUCUGUGUUCCACAUCCUCCAGAAUUCAAGCAUGUGGCAUGUGGAAAAACCACAACAGUCACAAAAUAAAAGCUCCCUAAAUAACCCCCUUCAUCCAACAAUUUCAGUGUCUGAGAAAAUCUGCUGGGGUCGUGAUAGGUUCAUGGGCAGAAUGGGUUGAGUAACCUGUUUGCAGUGAGUAGCUGGGCCAGUUCUGUCUACAGUCCCCCAGCAGUCAGAGGAUGCCUGCAGCCAGCAGAGAAACACCUGGGUUGUCAUCACUUGCAUUUAAACAGUGCCUUGCGUCCCAAAGUGCUAGUGCCCUGGGCAUGCACCUGGGAGAGGGGAGGGGGCAGCGCCAGCCCCAGUGCUGGUGCAAAGGAGCACAAAGAGGAGCCACAAGGGGGGAACAAAGCUUCUCUGAGCUGGUUUGAAAAUUUUAGUUGAAACCAUUUUCUAUAGAAAAUGCCAUUUUGGUUAAGCCAAAAAAAUUGGCAAAAUCUUAUGGACUUUGAUGAAAUUUUGCUUAGAAAA